UCAGAAGAGAAGUACCCGUUGAGCUGCCUUUCGCCAACGCCAAUCCUGAUUCAGCUGUGGUAGGGAUACAAACCUUGAGAUGGACGUACAUCUCCCACAUCCGAAUACGCUUCUCAAAGGAUCUCAUGCUCUUACAUCCGCGACAUGUGUUAUAUACGCUAAAAGGAAUUAAACUUAUUUUAAUAUUUAUGACCUGACAAAAUGAAGACAGACCAAAAAAUUAGCGACGAUGAAACCGACUAUGGUAUAAAGGCGUCCAUAGUACAGGUGGUUCUAUGUGUUAUUGCCAACACAGCAGUGCUUUCAUCUGGGAUGACACUUGGAUUUACAGCAGUAGCCUUACCUUAUAUGUUAAAACCAAACGAUGAAUUCCAUAUAACAGUAGAUCAAGCUUCAUGGGUUGCAAGUAUUGCUGCUAUAUCAACGCCACUGGGAUGUCUUGUAAGUGGACCUCUGAUAGACCGCUUGGGUCGGAAAAAAGGAUUAUUCCUUCUGAAUUUCCCUGCGUUUAUCGGAUGGUUGUGCGUCGCUAUUAAUCCGUCAAUGACACAGUUAUACAUCGGAAGGCUGUUGACGGGGUUCGCCUGUGGGCUCUCAAGCUCUCCGGCGACUGUCUUCUCAGCGGAAUCGUCUAUUCCUAGCCUCAGGGGAUAUUUAGUUAGUGGAACAUCCAUUGCUAUAUCAAUGGGAGUUGCCAUUGUCUAUAUAAUGGGAUUGAUUUUCAAGGAAAAUUGGAAACUCACCGCUGGUUUAUGCAGCAUUUUUCCAGUUUGCUCAGCUAUAUUAAUUGGCUUUUUAAUGCCUGAAAGUCCUGUGUGGCUCAUGGUCAAUGGUAAACCGGAUGCAGCAUGUAAAUCUUUAAAAUUACUUCGAGGGACCAAUGAUAUAUCAGAUAUAGAACAUGAAUUAGAUGAAUUAAGUGAAAGAGUGAACAUGAACAAAAAAGGAAAAACAAAUUUAAUGUCAACUAUAAAAGCGAUGGGAAAGCCUGAAUCAUACAAACCUCUUAUUAUUAUGAACCUGUUUUUCUUUUUCCAACAACUCACUGGUGUAUUUGUUGUGAUAUUUUACGCUGUUGAUGUUGUGAGAGAAGCUGGAGUGACAAUGGACCCGUUUAUUGUUGCAGUUUUAAUCGGCAUCACACGUUUAGGAGUCACUAUUUUCUCUGCAUGGAUGUCAAGAGCUUAUGGAAGGAGGCCAACUGCCAUAAUAUCCGGUGUCGGGAUGACUGUAUCCCUCGUGACUCUUGCCACUUUCCUCUACGUUACGCAGAGCACACAUCUUUCCGAUACUCUGUUUGAGGGAGAGAGCGAGACUAAUACAACUAAUUUAUCGGAAUUCUUCAACAGUACUUUGGAAACUUUCAAGCCAGGAAAUAGCUCAGAAUUGGAAAACGCUGAAAUCCCAUCACCAUCUUUGCUUCCGGUGAUAUCAAUUCUUUUGUACAUUUUAGCUAGUACUGUUGGAUUUCUGACUCUUCCAUGGGCUAUGAUUGGAGAAGUUUAUCCAGCUCGAAUCAGAGGAGUGGCAAGUGGAUUGACAACAUGUAUCACAUAUCUGGUCAGCUUUGUCGCUGUAAAACUGUAUCCAACAAUGUUGACAGUCCUCGGUAAACAUGGUGUAUUCUUCUUUUAUGGAUCAAUGGCUUUCUUAGGGACAAUUUUUGUUAUUUUUUACUUACCUGAAACUCAAGGGAAAACAUUAGCCGAAAUUGAAAAGUAUUUUGCUGGAACAAAAAAGAAAAAAAGUACUGCUGAUGAAGAAGAAGCGUUACACAGGACUCAACUACUUACAAUUAGACCUGCAAACAAAGAAAAUUUAUGACCCUAAAAACACAUCACUUAAAAUUGUACAUAAAACUUCUUAAUUUUAUUUAUACUUAACUACUUUUACUGUUAAAUAUCUUCAAAAGACUGAACUGUUUUUAUAUUUUUUAAAAUCAAAAACUAUAGUACUUACAGUUCUUGCCUAAAUUGUAAAUAUGUAUGUAAAUAAAUGUGUACAUAAAUU